CCCCUCUCUCUCUCUCUCUCUCUCUAACUGUUGGGUUUUGUUUCUGUUUUCUUUAGAAAAAUCUCUCCUACUACAACCAAACUCCCCACUCUCCCCUGUUUCCCCUGCUUCUUAAGUCUUAACACUUGUUGGGGGAGAGAGAAAGAGUUUUUAGAGAGAGAAAGUUGUUCAUAAAGAUACAUAUGCGUACAUAUACACACACACACACAUAUAUAUACAAAGGUUGGAUUGAUUGUCGUUUUCCAUUGGUCUUAAUGAAAGGAGAAGGGAAGAUGGUGUUCAUGUCCAAAAUGAAAUGGGUUGGUUUAGUUGGGCUGUUUCUCUCAGCCAUCUCUCUCUUCGUUCACUUCUUGCUUGCUAGAUUUACGUUCGGGGGCAUUUCAGAGUACCAGUCCACAAUAACGAUCUUCUCUAGACGAUCCUCUAUUGCGCAAGACUUUUCCACGACUAGCCGAUUGUACAAAAGGCUUUGGGGACCAGUAAGGCGGCUUGAAUCCGUACACCCUGAUGCAAAUCCUAGGCAAUACUAUGCUGAUCCAACUUCACAUACAAAUGGAUUUAUCUUUGUCAGGAUACAAGGAGGUUUCCAUGAGAUUCGAAAUUCGAUAUCUGAUGUGGUAGUCGUUGCUCGGUUUCUCAACGCUAGCCUAGUGAUUCCUGAGAUUCUAUCCACCACAAGUAGCAAAGGAAUCAGUUCUCAGUUCAAGAGUUUUGCCUACCUCUACAAUGAGGACGAAUUCAUGGCGACCUUAGCAAAAGAUGUCAUAGUUGUGAAGACCCUCCCUAAACAUCUCAAAGGGGAAAGGAGAAAAAAGAACAUCCCAGUUUUCAAAGUGCCCUUUGCUGCUUCACCAUAUUAUUAUCAGCACCAUGUUCUCCCAGUUCUAAAGAAGCACCUAGUGGUUGAACUAGUUGUAUCUGAGGGUGGAUGCUUGCAGGCGAUCCUUCCACCUGAUCUUGAAGAGUAUCAGAGGUUGAGAUGCCGGGUGGCCUUUCAUGCCCUUCAGUUUCGGCAGGAGGUCCAGGAACUUGCCAACAAGAUUUUACAUAGGCUAAGGGAUCCUGGACUACCAUUUAUUGCGUUUGACCCUGGGAUGACUAGAGAUGCUUUAGCCUAUUAUGGUUGCGCCGAACUCUUCCAGGACGUACACACUGAGCUCAUUCAGCACAAAAGAGCUUGGAUGAUAAAACGCGGGAUUGUUAAAGGGAGGCUUUCGGUGAAUUCAGCUAACAAACGUCUUAAUGGUUCUUGCCCGCUAAUGCCAGAAGAGGUUGGUAUUCUUCUUCGGGCAUACGGAUACUCGUGGGACACUAUCAUAUAUGUUUCUGGGGGAGAAAUAUUUGGUGGCCAAAGGACCUUGAUUCCUCUUCGUGGAAUAUUUGAGAAUGUUGUUGAUAGGACUGCUCUCAGCACCCCUUGGGAGAUCACUCAGCUUUAUGGCCGUGAGGCCAACCUCGAGGACAAUUAUCACCAAUCUCCACCUUCUAUCGAAAAAGAGAUGAAGACUGAAGCGUGGAAAAAUGCAGGCCCACGUCCUCGCCCUCUUCCACCACCUCCAGCACGGCCGAAGUCCUAUAACAUUGAAGGUUGGUGGGGCUGGGUGGCUGAGAGUGACAAUGAGCCUGAAAGUACAGUUAUAGAACUAAGGACCAAUGCACACAAGUUACUAUGGGAAGCCAUUGACUAUGCUAUAUGUGUUGAAGCUGAUGUGUUCAUCCCGGGAUUCGAUCGUGAUGGUAAAGGACACCCCAAUUUUGCAAGCUUGGUGAUGGGUCAUCGGCUUUAUCAAUCGGCUGCAUUGAAAACAUACCGGCCGGACAGAAAAGAAGUUGUUAAGCUUUUGGAAGACAUUCGUGGGCAUUUAUAUCACGCAAACCACACUUGGCUUACAUCGGUUCGCAAGCAUUUGACAAAGACACUAGUUGAUGGAUUACUAGAAGCAUCCAGAAAAUCAAAAUCAAAAUCCUUCAUAUCUCAUCCAGUCCCUGAAUGUACUUGCUUGAAACAUGAUUCUUCCGAAACAACAACUCGAGUUUCAAGUCCUACAACUUCACAACUCCUUGCCUCUCUUGGCGUUGUUCAUCGGUGCCCUGUCUGGAUGGACAGCGACUUGACUUUGCGUUCAAAAGACAAGGAAAAUGAGGAGGAUUUCGACGAGGAUGACUCCACAUUGUCCGGACUGUUUUUCACUCAGGACGACAGAAGUCAUGAGGGUGGUGGAGCUGUAGAAUUGAACAACAAAGAUGAAGCGCAGUUGGAGGAUCAAGAUGAGCUCGAGGGUGGAGAAAGAUGACGAGAAGCUAUAAAUGUCGUGAGUUCCGCUACCUCUCUUCCUUCUUGAGUUUCCGCAAGGCAUCGCUCUGUCAACUCGAUUUCAGCUCAAACAUGAUAAGCUAAUCUAAUGCUUAGUUAGUUCAAUACAUGACUGAGAAGUGACAAUAUUCUCUAAGCUUCGGUUUCUUUUUCUACAAGGAGAAGCUAGUUUAGGCUAGCACAAGGGCCUUGCUCAUCAUCCGCUGGUCGCUCUAAAAUAUGGACUUAAAUUGCUAGUCCUUUGUAAGUAAAACGAUUUAAUUAACUUCCUCCCAAGUCAUAUUGAUGUAACUAACAUAUAUAUAUUUAACGGGAAAAACUUAGGUUCAGAUUUAUGUAACAUUGUCAAGGAAAAACAACGUUAGUGUUCUGACUUGACUCCAUGAU